GUGUGUUAUGCGGGAGGGAUUGCCUACACACAUAUAGAAUGUGUGUGCAGACGUAUGUAUGAGAACCGAGUGACGGGGGAAAGAAACAGAGGAUAUCAGAUCCACACAGAGAGCUUCCUUUCACAAAAAACACUCCACUGAAGAUGGAAACUGGAUCGCAAAGCGCCCCCGUGCCCAUGACCGAAUAAGAGCGAGCGAGCGAGCGAGCAGUUAUUGUCUUUUAAGGAUCGAACUGACCUGUCAUCUUUCAAGAGACACGUUCAGAUUGUUUUUGAUUAUUUCCAAAUCAUUUUUUAGGUGUAGCACGUCGUUUCUCUGGAUUAUAUGAAGGUGGUUGGAUCUUGAAGACGGAGUGCGUCAAGUUAGCGCACGUAUCCAACAAGUGGAUGCAUGAAUUCGCCAGCAGCAGACAAAAAACGCAAACAGCCGGUGUCUUGAAAUCCUAUAAAUCUGUGUAUCGGUUGAAAAGCAAUAGACUACAAAUCUGCACCGAUUAGCUCAGAUUAUCAAAGGAGAUGCAUGUGUAUGCAAAUUGUCUCGGACUGAGUCAUUGACCAAAAUCAAGAUAUUGCUGCGGUAUCUGUCACCCACCUCACCCCUCUCCUCCCAUCCAUGGACUCGCUUCUCCCUUCCCUCGGUGACCGUGGGGGGAAGUUGGGAUCCUCUCUUUAGACAUUUCUGUAUGACGAGGGCGCAGGUGGCACCUAAAGGUCGCAGUCAUGCCGAUGCACCCAGUCACCUCCACGUUGAUGUACCGAGGGAUCUGCACCAUCCCUGACCUCCUCAACUACAGAGCCCCGGUGAACCUGCCUGAAGACGAGGUUGAAGAGAUCCGCGAGGCCUUCAAAGUGUUUGACCGCGAUGGGAAUGGGUUCAUCUCAAAGCAGGAGCUGGGGAUGGCUAUGCGCUCCCUGGGCUACAUGCCAAACGAGGUGGAGCUGGAAGUCAUCAUUCAGAGACUGGACAUGGACGGCGAUGGCCAGGUGGACUUUGAGGAGUUUGUCACUCUUCUGGGCCCAAAGCUGACGGCAGCGGGGUUGCCAGAUAAGUUCCACGGCACUGACUUUGACUCCGUAUUUUGGAAGUGUGACAUGCAGAAGUUAACAGUGGAGGAGCUGAAGAGGCUCCUCUACGACACCUUCUGCGAUCACCUUUCUAUGAAAGACAUCGAGAAUAUCAUCAUGACUGAGGAGAACCACAUAGAAAACCCCGGGGAGUGCCAGGUGGAUAUAGACAGUUCCAGCCCGACGCAGCAAGUCAAGCAAACUUGUGUGCGCAAGAGCUUGAUUUGCGCCUUUGCCAUUGCUUUCAUCAUCAGCGUCAUGCUUAUCGCAGCCAAUCAGGUGCUGCGGAGUGGUAUGAAAUAGGAGCCGUGGCAUUUUCAGCCUUGACUACCACCUAGAGGCUGCCUCACAUACAAAUGACUAUAAACAUAAAGCUAAAAAAUAUAAAAUGGAUACAACAGACAUUCACGCAGCUGUAAAUUGGCAAAUUACUGCGGGAAAAAAAAUGGAGUCACCAAGGACACACGUGCAGGGAUUCGCCAGGAACAUGCUGAAAACUUUCAAGGACAACAGGACCUCAAAUAGAAAGAGACAGCAGUGUAUGCGAAGUGGACAGCUGCCUAUACAUAUCACUCAUACAACAUUUAGUAUCCAUUAGCUAUGUGCAUUUGAGCAGUGUUGCAUUCAGUAAGGUGGCAGCUAUAAAGAGAAGUGUUUUGACUGUCCAGUUUUGUAUUUGUCCAGUGUACCAAACCGUUUAUUAUAAAGCAGUAGAAAGAAAUCUGUGAAAUAUUGUGGGCACAGUUGGAGAAAAUGUAUUCCUGAGGCUGGAAGGUGUUGUUAUGUGCAAGGUCUGGAGUUCACAUUGUUGUGGAGAUAUUGUAUACGGUGCAAAAUUGUUGAAGAACAAUUUGUGUAUAAAAAAAGCUUUGUAAGAAACAAAUAUCUGCAGGGAGGUGCAUGUGAUUGUGUGGAUAGUUCCACUUAUUCACAGGCUGCAGGGUUAGGAAGGUUAACAGCUCGAGGGAGAAAUUGUGUUGAGGUCUGAAGGGACAGUUUACUGACUGGAAAGUGGCUGGACAUGCAGUAAACACUCGACUCUCCGGCUCCACUGCGGGGCUUUGCAGGCCUCAGAGGAUGACCUUCAUCUAUGCAUGAAAUGCAUGGAUUUAAACAGUUGCCGUCUUGACACAUUUGUAAAAGUUAUUCUCUAUGUAUUACUCAUUAUGACUGUAACAGCUGUUCUCAAUUACUUAACGACAACUGUGAGCAAUUGUGUGCGAUGCGGGGUGUCAGCAAUCACAACAAAAGGAAAGCAUACAAAUGCAUGAAAAAGAAGGGCUGCUUUAGUACAUGCUCUAAAAAAAAGAUUUCCAGGAUUGCUAAACUGCUUACCUUGCGCCUGAUGCCCACUACUACCGUAGAGUUAGAUAUGUGUCUCGCAACCAUUUUAAAGAAUAUGCAUUGGAAAUCAUCUGGUUGGUAGUACGGCUGAACAGGAAUGUAUUUUUUAUUUAUUUAUUAUGUCUGUAUGCGUUGUGAAGGAGCAAUAAAUGUGUGUAAAAUAGACAUCUUACAAUGCUUGAUACAGACGCGAAUCUUCAGAAAAGUUACCCCCAGUGGACCUAUCAACUGUUAAGGUCAGAAAAGUUUCUAAAGCACUUUUCAAAGGAAGGUUUUUGCAAUACAACAGAGACCCUCUUUUUCUGUGAGACGCAGAAAGAUAAGUGGGAAGAUGUGUGUCAGAAGCUGCACAGUGCAUUGGGGUUUGAAAGGGGCCAUAUGGUGUAAACUGUUGCAAUAAAACAUAAAUAUCUGUGAGGCCACCACAUGAAUAUGAUUGGGUGUAGUUUAGAUUGUUUUGCAUGCAUCUGGGUAUGUUCCCUCAUCAUCAGUGUGUAUUGUACAACCAAAGCUUAGAAGGGAUCUGUGACAGCAAAAUUAGGCCACAUAACGAAAGUGAUCUCAAAAAACAACGAUGAAUUUAACAUUUUAAUUCUUAAGAUAACCCAUAAACAGUAGAAAUCUAAAUAAUCCACAUCUUCUGAAUUUCUCUCUUUAGGAUCUCUUUUGGCAGCUUCCCAAACUUGGAUCUCACACAAGGGCCAAAACCUUAUUGAAAGGCAACCCAUUUAGACAACCCUACCAACAGGAGCCAUGCAGGAUAAUGAUUAUCUGAUGCACCCGGGCAAUUUGUCAAAAGUGUCAACUCUUUGUGGAACACAUUCAUAAAAAUAAGAGAGAAAAAAGCCCAUUUGUUAACAGAUACCUUGGUUUCAAUUUUUGCACUUUACGAUGUGCUGCAAUGCACAACAACUCACCGUCAUGAUUGUUCAUCCGAUUCCUCAUAUAUUUAAGACCUGAAUAAUUACAUUUAGGCCUAAAAGAUCAAUUACUUUACCAUAGAUGUCUAUUUUUGUGAAAAGGAAAUAAAAAAUAGUAUCGAAGUAGAUAUAACUUACUGACAAAAUACACCGAGUCAUUCAUUUUCUAUCAUCACCAAGGGUACAUUUUCAUUGGGAAUAAAGUUAUAUAUUUAUUUGAUUGUUGCCUUAUUCUUUGAGACACUUUUGCAUUUUGCAUAAUCAUAUAAACACUUGUACAAACCAAUAUUUAUUUUCUUUUUACCAAUGAAAAAAAUAUAUGAACAUGUUGAUAGUCUACUGAAUGUUCUAUUUCCAUUGUACUGUUCUUUGAUACCUGUCUUUGGAUCUUGCAAACAUGUUUCUUGACAGUGUGAUAUCUGUUCAUUGACUCAACCAAAUGUUCUAUGUCUGUGGAAUGGUAUUUCACAAUA